AUGGACGCCGUUAUCAUGCAUACAAAGAAGGCGCAUAUGUUGCGCCCAACGACGAAGAAGAACAAGACCGAAUCGACCUUCUGCAUCACAUAUAUCGCCUUCUUUUUGGCGGCCCGCUUCACCUUGCACCAAUUGGCGAGAACCCUCAGCGUGUAUUGGAUCUGGGUACUGGCACAGGGAUCUGGGCCAUCCAAUUCGCCGAGUAAGGCUCUCCUUGCCGUGCUUGAUGCGCUUCUUGCUAAGUUGAGACACAGCGAAUAUCCUUCUGCACAAGUCAUCGGCACUGAUUUGAGCCCUAUACAACCUCCCUGGGUCCCUCCAAAUUGUGUGUUUGAAAUUGACGACUUCGAGAGCGACUGGCUAUAUAAGAACAAGUUUGACUUCAUCCAUGGCCGUGAGCUAGAGGGGUGCGUCGCCGAUGAAGAGCGGCUCUUCCGCCAGGCAUUUGAGCAUCUCAGGCCCGGAGGAUAUCUUGAAUGGGUUGGUGCUUAUGCCUGGUUUUUCUCUGAUGAUGGCACCGAUGAAAAGGCGGAGUAUACCAAGAAAUGGCUCAAGCUCUUCCACGAGGCGGCUGGAAAAUUCGGCAAGAGCUUUGAGACAGCCCCGACGUGGAAAGAAAAGAUGGAAAAGGUCGGGUUUGUGGAUGUGAAACAGACUGUCUUCAAGGUGCCAUUUGGUCCAUGGCCCAAAGACCAAAAGCUGAAGGAAAUCGGACGGUUUGAACAGGUCCAGCAGAUCCAAGCAGUUGAGGCUUAUACACCAGCACUCCUCUCGCGAUUCCUUGGCUGGAGCAACGAUGAGAUACAGGUGUUGAUAGCCAAAGUGCGGAGUGAGCUUAAGGAUCCUGCGAUCCACCAAUACAUCACGACGUACGUCGUGUAUGGGCGAAAGCCGGAAGAGAAGUCCUGA